AUGCUGAACCCCUUGAGAAUAAACAUCUCUUCUUCAAAACUAGAUCAUCUCAAAUACAUUCUAAACCAAAACAACAACUCAAAUGACUCUCUAAACGACUCUAUAGACGAUACCCUAGACAACAUCAGCGUCCAUAGUAACAACACUUUUAUACUAAACAACAAUCUAAGCAUAUCAACCAUAAAUGACAAUGACUUGUAUUUAUCUGAACUAAAAGACUAUUUCCUCACUUUAAAUUAUAAUGAUAAUGAUAAUGAUAAUGAUAAUGGUAAUGACGCUUACCCCCAAUCUUUACAGGAAUUACGCUUCUUAUCCUCUAUCAACACAAUCAACCCGCUUUUAAAUUCAAACCUAUCUCUUCAAUUUGACAAAUUCGACCAACUAAAUUCAAACAUAUCCCUAACCUUUAAAAUCCUAUCCCCUCUAAUCAACUACUUGCAAUUCUUUAACCAAAACUUACUAAACCUAUCAAAUGAAAUGAACAAUCUCAAAUUGAAAACUCUCAACUUGAACAAAAACCUAAUCAAAAACCAAAUCUUUGAAAAAAAAUUAAUCCCCAUUGUAACAGACUUUAUCAUUUCUCCUUCAAUCAUAAACUCAAUUUUAAAUGACAAAAUCAACACAUUCUGGCUAGACAAUAUAAGAUAUCUAAACAUCAAAAUUGAAAUCUACAACAAAUACUCAAACACCUACUCAAAUACAUACUCAAUCAAUGAAAACAAUAGUACCGAUAGCACUAAUAAUAAUAAUAACAACAACAGCAGCAACAGCAGCAGCAACAGCAGCAGCAACAGCAGCAGCAACAACAGCAACAACAACAACAACAACAACAACAACAACAACAACAACAACAGUAAUGACAAUGAAAACUCAAAUACAAAUCUAACCGACUUGAUUCAAUUCAAAAACUUACUCGCUCAAUUCAAAAACUUAAUUGAUAACCUAAUAUCAAAAUCAAUCGAAAGAAUCAAAAACUUCUUCAUCUUGCAAAUAAAACUAUUGCGCUACAAAUUCAAAAAGAUUCCGAGCCAAAUUAUUCAAAAAAACUUACUAAACCUAAAAGAACUAUACACCUUCCUACUAAUCCACAACAACAGCCUAGCUAAAGACUUGAAAAAUGCCUACAUCCUAACAAUGAGAUGGUACUACUAUCAAAAUUUCGGUAAAUACAUUUAUUCUCUAGAAAAACUAAAACUAUUAACUGUUGAUAAAUCCUUUUUGUUAGGCAAUUACAUCAAUAACAACGACAAUGACAAUACAAAUAUCUUGUCUUUAAAUUUUAAUAAAAACAGCAAUCACAAUAAAACAAAAUUCAAUUACAAUAAUAACAAUAACAAUACCAUUACCACCACCACUAAUAAUAAUAAUACAAAAAGCGGUUAUCUAUUUAGCAGUUGGUGGAAAUCUUCAACAAACGAUAACACCAGCAACCAUCCAAAGAACCACUCAAGUUUAAACCCAAAUGCUACACCAAAUCAUGCCUCAAGUAAUACAACCCCAAUUUCUUUCACAAACUCUACAAACGUUGAUAAUACUAUACCCCAUACCGCACUUAACUACAAGGAAUAUUUAAAUGUUGCAAACCGUUUGAACAUAUUAAAGAACAACGAUCCUACUGUAUUAUUAGCUCAAAUUGCAGAAAAUAAUCCGUUGAAAUACUGGCCAGAAACCGCAUUUAGAAGCUUUAAUUACGCAUUGAUAGACAAUGGAUCAACUGAGUAUCUAUUUUUAUUAGAAUUCUUCCAAAGUAAUAAUUCAAAUUUCAUCAGCAUUGAAGAGAUUAACAAUGAUUUCAAUAAAAUUUUCAACUCAACAUUCAAGUUGGGAAUUGAAUUUACUAAAAAUUUAUUAAACAAAAAUCAUUUUUACGACUUUUAUUCAAUUUUGAUAUCAAUAAAGUUGGUCAAAAUCUUAAAUUUCAAGAUCCAACAUGAAAAGAUCCCAGUUAUGGAAAAUUACUUGAAUUUGCAAGUUAUUGAAUUAUGGCCGAAAUUCCAAAAACUAAUUGAUUUAAAUUGCAACAAUUUGAAAAAAAUCCUAAUCUACUCAUCAAAUUAUCUAAACAGUAUCAACAAUUCAAAUAAUUAUUUGAUUCCUCAUCCGGUAACCCAACAAUUUUCCUUGUUAUUAAUCUCGUUAUUAAAGAUAUCCGCCAUUGACCAUUCAAACUAUUUUACAAAUAAUGAUAGAAGUAGUUUAAAUGGUGAUCACAAUCACAACGAUGAUCACAGUGAUGAUCACAGCGAUGAUCAUAAAGAUAGAGAUAAUGAGAAUAAAGAAAGUGGCGAAGAAUUGAAUGAAAUGAGCAUAGAAAUCGAUCCCUUGACCAACAGUGUCGUCCGAUUAAGAAACGAGUAUGAGAGCUUGCUCACCAAAAUCAGCAGCAUGAUUGGUAGCAAAGGCAGCAGCAGACCCAGUGAUGUGCAACGAAAAAGAGAGCAGUUCCUCUAUAACAACUACAUUUUGGUGUUAACAGUGUUGGACGAGGCUGAGGGAAAGUUGGGGGAGUUGGAGAAGAAACACUUCCAGAUGUUGGUGGACGUGUACCGGCCGGCGGAGUAG